GAAGCUCGCAAAAUUUUAAUUUACUGAUAUUUUUUUAAAGAUAAAGAAAUACAAUAGAUUACAUUUGGCAAUCAUUUCAAAAAUUAUUUACAAAAAAGAUAUAAAGCCUAAAAGAAGCCAAGGCAACGUUGAGCAGCUCUGUUCUUUUCUGUUGAAACUAAGAGUCCACGAUUAUACAAAGGGAACAGAGGUUUAAAAUGGAGACCUUAAAUCAAGCAACCAAUGCUUAUAUAGAAUCUUGGAUGGGUCCAAGAGAUACCAGGGUUCGAGGGUGGCUUCUUCUUGCCAACUUUUUACCUACCUUUGUGCUUACACUUCUGUACCUCUCCAUUGUCUGGAUAGGACCAAAAUACAUGAAAAAUAAGGAGCCAUUUUCUUGCAGGCGUGUGCUUGUGGUCUAUAACAUCGGAUUAACACUGCUGUCCUUUUACAUGUUCUAUGAGUUAGUUACAGGAGCAUGGGAGGGAGGAUACAAUUUCUUCUGCCAGGACACUCACAGUGGCGGGGAAGCGGACAUGAAGAUUGUACGUGUCCUCUGGUGGUAUUACUUCUCAAAGCUCAUUGAGUUCAUGGAUACCUUUUUCUUCAUUUUAAGAAAGAAUAAUCAUCAGAUUACAUUUUUGCACGUCUAUCAUCAUGCAACCAUGCCUAACAUCUGGUGGUUUGUCAUGAACUGGGUGCCAUGUGGACACUCCUAUUUCGGGGCCAGUUUAAACAGCUUUAUUCAUGUCUUGAUGUACUCCUACUAUGGACUCUCAGCCAUUCCUGCAGUGCGACCUUACCUGUGGUGGAAGAAAUACAUAACUCAAGGGCAACUGAUCCAGUUUUUAUUAACAAUGUUCCAGACUACCUGUGCUGUCUUUAGGCCAUGUGGAUUCCCAAUGGGUUGGCUAUAUUUCCAGAUAUGUUACCUGAUAUCUCUCAUUGCUCUCUUCUCUAACUUCUAUAUUCAGACAUACAAGAAACAUGGUUUAUCACGAAGAAAAGAGUAUCAGAAUGGAUCUGCAGCUUCUCUAAAUGGGCACUCUAACGGUGUUUCUUCCCUGGAUAAUGUGACACAAAGAAAACUAAGAAAAGAUUGACUUAUGCCCAAAUGAGCACACCAUGACUAAUCUCACAAUCUGAAAUGUUAGCACAUUAAGAAUUCCCUUACGGAGAAAAUCAUUUUGGGUUUACAUAAAAAAAGAACAUUCACAAUUAUCUCUAAAUAUAAAGCUCUCUCGCUCUCUCUCUCUCUCUCUCUCUCUCUCUCUCUCUCUGUAUAUAUAUUACAAUACAAACAAAGUAAUAUUAACCCUAAAUAACCUCCUAAAGCACACAUGGCCCUGUUAUUCAUAUUAAAUUAAUGCUAAUUAUGGUUAAGGGAACAAGAUUUUUAGUUUAUAAAAUAAAGGUACCUAUUGCUUAUUUUUAUAACGAGAUGAAGUAGGCUGAUAAAUUUGCCCCAGCACACCUCCCAACUCCUUUUUUAUUUUAGCCUGUUUUUAGUGUGGUGAUGUAUGUAUUCCUAGCAAGGAUAGGUAUUUUAUAAUCUCUUGCCUCAAACUCAUUCAGUGUGUUCAGUCUUACAUUUCCAAAUGUAAAUGAGGGAAACCUCACAACAAAUAUGCAUAAGCGGUUGUGGUCGUCAAUCUGCAACACACACACACAUGUCUCUGCCCUUACCAAGUGAUCUCCAGUGGCAAUGCAAUGUUUCUGUAGCAUGUUUCGCAUUUUGACAUCCACACUGCUUCUCAAUUGCAGAAACACAGCUACUGUCUCAAGACAACUCUGCAAUAUUAUUUUAAAAUCAAUUGCUGUCAGUUGCCAUUGAGGUUUUGGUCCAAAUCACUGGUUUUAUAAUGGAACCCAAAGGACAUUUUUCAAACUUGUAUCAAAAAAAGGUCCAACCCCCAUUUCAAAAGAGUAUUAUUAAAAACAUGCUGUGAAAAUAAAAUGUCUGUAGGUUAUUCCACAUAUGAUGAUCUGAAUAACUGAAUUGGGCAUCUUUCCUGGAACAUGUUAAUAUUUCUUAUAGGACAUUUCUCAGAUCACUUACUAUAAAAGGCCUAAUGUUAUAACAUGCAUUUCACACCUAAUGUGAUGAAGGGUCAUUUUAUAGAUCUAAUAUCUGUAGUAUCAAAAACCACACGCUCAUAAAAAUGUGAUAAAUCUGAGAAACCUUUUUAUGUUUUUUUUGUAGAUUGCUAAACAAGUUCAUUGAAAAUGUAGACAUUUGUUUUUUUGAGUCUACAAGGAAUGUAGCUAGAAAUUUAGCAAAUAACACACUUAACUUUUAUGAGUGACAAAAAACCAGUUGAACUUUCAUGUAAAAGGACUCCUUUCACACUGGCAUUUCUAUCAGGGUCUGGACCUGGGUUCUGGCUGCCCGGGUCACAAUCCUGCAUAGUGUGAAACCACGUACCUGGUUUGUAUUCAGGUUAACCCGGGUCCCAGUGACCCACCUCAGGAUGUGGUUUGACACGCUUUGACCUGGGUUGAGUGAGACAAACUGCACGAUGGCCGACGAAAUAACGAGUAGCCACGCCUGCGUGAAGGUUUUACUUCCGCAAGGAGCGUUUCUGUUUAUUCUGUUUAGCCAUAUUUUGAGACACAGCAUGAGCCAGAUUGCAGCAGGGAUGAAGAAACAUUUGCUCUAAUCAACAUUUGGGCCGACGGUUCAAUCCAGAGAAGCUUGGAUGGAAGCGUUUGUAAGAAGCUGCUUCCGGGGCAUUGAUACAUGUAUUGUUUACUUGUGUCUGUCACCCAGGUCAACCCUGCUUUAUCAAAAGCAGUGUGAAAUCAGGUCCUGACCCGGGUAGGUUCCGACCCAGGUAGAGCAUGCCAGUGUGAAAGGGGCUUAAUAUUUAUGCCCUCAGGAAAUCGGCUUCCUUAACUUACAUUAUUGCAAAAAGGUGUUGGCAAUAAGGCAAAUACAAAAAUGAUUCAGGGUAAUGUAAAUAUAAUUACAUGUUUAUAUCCUAGUUGCAGUGUCAGUUAAGGCAAGCUUGUAUAUCAUAAUAAAUAUAUCAUUAAUAUAAAAAUUAAUUUAUAUAUAAUCAGUUAAUUGUUGCAUUUUUGUAUUCGCCUUGUGGUUUUGCAGUAUGUUCAGUACGUUCAGUGACUAAGGGGUAGAUGUACUGAUGGGCCCGUCGCAACGCAAACAUACCACAAUUUGCGUUUUCGUUACGACAAUUCGCAAAGUGCACAUUUUGUCAUGUACUAAAAAAAUAUUUUAAUGAAGACAGCCGCGAUACACUAAUUUAAAAAUUAUUUGCAUCAUCUUAGCGAGAGUUGUGUGACAUUUUUUUAAAUAAAAUAGCGGGAGUUGAGUUGUGGUUUGCUGCAGCAGAGGGUGCCUGAAGGAUAACGUUUAUACAUGCAAGGGUGCAAGAAUCAAAAUAACAUGUUUUUGUUAAAUGUAAACACCAUCUGUACAAAGCAUACUGUUCUGUCUUCAUUUUACCUGUUUUAAUACUGUUAUAUAAAUAAAAUAAAAUGCAGUUUAAUCCUAUCAGAUUCUGUAGUGAGGCACCAACCUUCACCCCCAAAAAGCUUUUCAUAAUCAUACAGUAGCCCCUCGCUAAACCGGACAUGUUUGUCCAACAUAAGGAGGUGUCGGAUUUAAAAUCAAUACAAUAAAAUCGCACACACAUACAUUUACAUUUCUCAGUGUAUUUUAAAUAUAAAUCAUUGCGCUGAAAUAACACUAAUGUGUUUUGGGUACGCUACACAUAACAUUAUGUAAAAAUAAAAAUAUAAAUCUGUACAGUAGGCCUAUACAGUAUACAGUACAGUAGUAAAAUCAAAUGAAUAUCUAGCACACUUUCUUUUUACUUUAGCCUACUGGUAACACAAAAUAAAUCAUGCUGCUGCAUUGUACACAUUGGUGUACAAUGCGAAUAAAAGAUUAUUUUAAAUUGAAA